AUGUUAGGCCGUACUGAAUCAGGGUGGAUGGAUUCCGAGCUCUUUGUUAAAUGGCUUGAAGAUGUUUUCUCACCAGGACUGGAUGAGCGUGGCAUUAAGCGCCCCGUUGUUCUCUUUGUAGAUGGACACAAUGACGAAGCUAAAGCUGAAGAAUUACGUAAAAGGGAAAAAGAAGAGCGAAAAUUAAAGGUCCAAGAGGAAAAGUUAAAAAAGCAAAAAGAAAGAGAAGAGAAAAAAGAACAGAGAAAGAAACAGAAAGAAAUUGGAAAGAAACUUAAAAUGAUUGAGAAUAGUAGAAAACGUCAACGCGGAGAAUCAAAUUCUGAAUCGUCCGUAGAUGUACAGUUCAAUGACGACGAUACUGUUGAUUGUUUUGACAUGAAUAUUUAUAAUAAGGAAUGCUUCGCUUGCAACAAGCCAUACGGCAAUAAAGCAGAAAACUGA